UUGACGUCAUAGAAACUGCCUUAAGCCUAUAGUGACAGGUAUGAGAAAUUUGUACGCUUCAUAGAAAGACUGGCCCUUGAUUUCCUUGGAAACACUUGAUUUUGGUACGCAGUGUAAUUCAUCGGCGAAAUUUCAUUUGGAUAUUUUAGAUUUGAAGAUGGCUCAGGAAGUAGAAGAAACUAUGAAACGCAUCCAAUCCCACAAGGGAGUGGUUGGAACAAUUGUCGUCAAUGCAGAAGGUAUUCCCAUAAAAUCAACCUUGGACAACACAACCACAGUCCAAUAUGCUGGAUUAAUCAGUCAGCUGUCAGACAAGGCACGCUCUGUCGUAAGGGAUUUGGAUCCUACAAAUGAUCUGACUUUCUUACGUAUACGUAGCAAGAAGCAUGAAGUGAUGGUUGCCCCGGAUAAAGAAUUUAUACUUAUUGUUGUUCAGAAUCCAGUCGAUUGAUGAAUCAAUCUUACAUACAAAGCAAUUAUAAUUUGUACAAUUUCCAAUGUCCUAAAUUAUUAUCUGAUAUUGAUUGCGCUCAGCACUUUAAUCUCUUUCCUCUCACAUGUUUAAUACGAUAAUGAAGUAUUGGAGCGCAGUGCUUUAUUAUUGAGCGAAUUAAUAAUACAUAUUUUACAGUUACUUUAAAUGUCUUUAACUGUCAAAUUGUGAAAGUUUCUUGUUUAUUCAUUUAUAUACAACUGUUCAAACUAUAAUAUUUAUUAUGCCUUGUACAUAAUACCACAUAUUGGAGAUGUAGAAGUAACUAUCUCGAAGGGAUAGUGUUUCAAGUGAUUAUUUUAUUCAAUGGUAUUAUGUUUUUUUGUUUCGUAUUUGUUUUAUUUAUAAAUAAUAUCAAAACACCGUUUUCUGUGAAAUGAUAUACAAAAAUAAAUAUAUUAAAAUCUA